GUAUUGGAUCCGCAUACUAUGGUCAGCAGUGGAAAGAACAUCGCAAGUUCACUGUCAAACUCCUGCGCCAUUUUGGAAUGGGCAAACGCAGCAUAAGUGGACGAAUUCUCACCGAAGUUGAUUUCUUUAUGUCGGAGCUUUCGAACAUGGUCGACAAACCAUGCAAACUAGAUGAGCUAACGAGCAAUGCGGUUGCCAACAUAAUUUACUCUAUUGCAUUCGGGGAGAGAUUUGAAUACACCGAUGAGAACUUCAGAAAACUCCAACGUAUUACGCGAUAUUGCUUAGAUAUGAUGGGUUCGGCCGGCAUCUUUAACUACUUGCCGUUCCUGCGAUAUAUUCCGGGGAGCUCCUUCCACACGUUCCAUAAGUAUUACGACGAGUUCUGUCAGUUUGUUGACAAGCGACUGAUGCCACCGUCUACGAACGAUCCUGCUGAAGCGAAGAGUUUCAUUGAUGCAUAUUUCAUUGAAAUGGACAGAAAGCAAGCUAACCAAGAGGAGACGACGAUGGCCAAGGAUGCAUUGUUGUUCACCAUCGUUGAUCUCAUAGCCGGGGGUUCCGACACUACAUCCUCCACAAUGAAGUUCAUGAUGAUGUACUCAAUUGUGUAUAAAGAUGUACAGCGUAAGAUUCAGGAAGAAAUUGAUACAGUGGUUGGUCAUCAGCGGAACGUAGUCUUGGAGGAUAUAGACAACUUACCAUUCACGUGCGCAACUGUAUACGAAGUUAUGCGCAUGACAUGUUCUGUUCCACUUGGUGUGCCGCAUUCCACGACAAAGGAAACAGUUUUCAACGGCUACCAUAUACCGAAGGGUGUACAAGUAAUUGGAAAUCUCUAUUCCAUAAUGCAUGAUCCAUCUACGUGGGAAAGCCCUGAAGAGUUCAAGCCCGAGAGGUUCUUAAGCGAAGAUGGCAGAAAAGUGCAGCUCCCGAAGGAAUGGAUUCCGUUUGGAAUAGGCAGUAGAAGAUGUCCAGGUGAACCUCUCGGCAAAAGUACAGUGUUUUUAUUUUUCACUAACCUUCUUCAUGGAUUUAAUUUAGAUGUACCAGAGGGUGCACCAAAACCAAACCUUCAACCUGUCGACGGGAUCACUCUUCAGCCAGAAUCAUGCAACGUCAUAUUGUCGCAUCGGUCGAAGUGAAUUAUUAUUAUUAUUUUUUUUAUUUGUUUAUUUAUUUAUUUGUUUAUUUUUAUUUUUUUAUUUUUUUAAGUGACUUUAUAGGCCUAUAUUGAAUUCGUAUCACAUCGACCACGCCCUUUAAAGCGCCUCUCUCUGAAUGGUAAACUCGUUUUACAUAUUCAGAAUGUAAAAACUUAAAGGUCAACAUAAAACCGAUAGACCUAAUGUUAAGUGUCAUCCAUAUUAUUUUAAAACAUUCCUAGAGAGUACAAACCAUAUAUUCUGUGACCCCCCCCCCCCCAUGAAAAGUUAUACAAUAAAAUAAUUAUUUUAAUUUUUAUAUUAUUUUGUAUUUUGUAUAAAAGCGUACAGUAUCUUCCUCCCACCAGGGUAUAUUUGUACUCUGAAGGAAAUAAUUAAAAUGAAUGAUUUAGGCUUAGAACCCUAGCCAUCGAAUAAUUAAUCAAACAUAAACUGCACGCCAGCUGGAGAGUUUCAGUAUUCUUUUUCACCAAAGAAUGUUUUUUUUUUAUUAGCAGAUUAGGCCAAAAAUACUGAUAUUUUUAUUCUUCAAAUUUUAGCAGUGCAAUGUUUAGUAUGUAUUAGUAUAUUAGGAAUAAAUAUUUCAACCUUUGAAGACAUGAGGAGUAAACAUUAGUAAUAAAUUUCCAGUACACCAUGGUUCUGAUAAAAAAAAAACAAAAAAAAAAAAACGUGAUUCCUUGAAAGAAAAUCUGACCGUCACCGGGAAUCACCAAGCGUCUUCUCUCGAUGAUGUUCAGAGAGUAAUAUCACCGAAACUCAAGACAAUAUUUUCUGAGAACCAUACUUUAACACACUGAAAGUUAUUAUUACCGGUAAUGCUUCAUCGCCCUCCAGGACUACACAUACCGAAAGUGAAUUAAAAGAUUAUGACUCGAUAGGCGGUUAUAAAGUGCUUUCACUGAAACUUAUUUUUUCAGAAAAUACGAUAACAGACAGUGAACUUUCGUUUCACGUUUAUAGCAAUUGAUAAACAUCAAACAAGUCAAAUGAUUUUACAAAAGCAUUGAGUUUAUGCUUUUUUUUAAAUAUACCGUAGCUGUCACGAUUACAACAAAACUUUAAGAUCAAUACUUUAAGAUAAUUUAGGAUUUAAUAUAAUUUAAGAUGUAAUAUUACCGUAUUUAUGUUUGUGAUGUUAUUUUUUCAAAAUAUUUGUGUAGGUUUGGACUGGUAGAUUAUUUACCAUAUAAGUAUUUAAUAUAUGUUUUUUUUUAAAUUAAAUAUUAAUGCCCACCAAUAAUUUUGUGUAUAUAUAUUUUUUUAGAUAUUUUAGAAUAUCUGACCAUGGAGGAAAGAGUUUCUUUCCUCCAUGAUCUGACAAGAUGCAAUAUUUUUUUUAACAGAGAUAAUAUUACAGGCUGACGUAAAACGUAGCAUUAAAAUAAAACAAAAUUAACAGCAUUACUCGAUAGUGAAAAUCCAUAAUGAAUUACUAACUUAUCGUUCUAUAACCUAAUUGAUUUUAUUAGAUACAGAGCAUUAAUAAAGUCAACGCUUAAUUUAUAACAAAGAUAACGAUAAGGCUGACAAAUACGCUUCCGAUGACGUCAUUCAAUAAUGUAAAAAGAGUAGGAAUAAUGUCCAUGUUGUAUGAGAAGGUUUGCUACUUUCUAUAUCGAUAGCAUAUCAAUUUUGUUGUUCCAAUGUAGAAUAUUGAAAGGUUUGUAAAAACAGAUGAAAGAAAAUAAAUAUUUUUAAAAUUAUUUUUCCGAAAA